UCAACUUGCUGCAGUUAAAUACGAAAACAACAUACACAACCAUAUCAGGCAUAGGGGAUUCUACACUUGAAACAAACAAGGUUGUUGAGCUAUUUACAAAAUCGCACUCAGGCGAUUAUUCAACUUCAUGCACUGCGAUCGUUACAACAACUAUCACAGAUCCUCAACCAAACUUUAACGUAAACAUUUCAGAUUGGUCAAUUCCAAACAACAUCACCUUAGCUGAUCCGAUGUUUUUCAAAUCACAGAGAAUCGAUGUGUUACUAGGUGGCGGCUUAUUUUUUAACUUAUUGUGUAUUGGACAAAUUCGUCUGGAAAAUAAUUUUAUGUUACAGAAGACAAGGCUGGGUUGGAUAGCAUCAGGUGGCGGUAUUAUUCCAAAAUACAAUCACUCAUUUUCGUUAGCUAUAGCUAAGAAAUCAACCACUGAAUUGGAAUUUGAAAAUGAAAAAUCGUUAAAUGAAAUUGUAAAAAGGUUUUGGGAAAUAGAAAAUUGUUUUGACGCGCACUCUUCGCUAACAGACGAAGACGCAUAUUGCGAAACCCAUUUCAAACAAAAUUUUACUCGGUUAGAUUCUGGUAAAUAUUCUGUUUUACUUCCUAAGCAGCGUAAUAUCGACUCACUCGGAGAUUCUUAUAAUCAUGCACUUCAACGAUUUCACAGUUUAGAAAGAAAGUUGCAACGUAAUGCUGAUUUAAAAACUCAAUAUGUUGAUUUUAUUAAUGAGUAUAUAAAUUUAAAGCACAUGUCACCAGCACAAUUACCAUCAGGUGUUCCAACGUGUUUUUUACCUCAUCAUUGUGUGCUAAAAAAUGAAAGUACAACUACAAAAUUGCGUGUGGUUUUCGAUGGGUCAGCUAAAACAUCCACCGGAUUUUCUCUUAAUGAUCUGCUGAUGUCUGGACCUACAAUUCAAUCCACACUCUUUGAAUUAAUUAUUCGAUUCCGAUAUUUUAAAAUUGCUCUUUGUGGAGAUAUCUGUAAAAUGUAUCGAUGCGUGCGUGUUACACAUCCCGAUGAAUAUCUUCAGUGCAUUUUGUGGAGAAGUAAUCUCGAUGAUGACGUAAAGGUAUUCAAAUUGGACACUGUGACAUAUGGAACAAGGCCAGCUGCAUUUUUAGCUAUUCGAGCAAUGCAUCAGCUGGCUCGCGAUGAAGAGAAAUCAUACCCAUUGGGUUCUAAAAUCGUUCUCAGAGAUUUUUAUGUAGAUGAUUUAAUGUCAGGCGGCGACACCGUGGAUGAAGUAAUCAACAUUAGAAGGCAAACUACUGAAUUAUUAAAAAAGGGUGGUUUCCAGAUCAGAAAAUGGUGUUCCAAUAAUCCAAGAGUAUUGUGUGGUAUCGCUGACUCCGAACGUGUACAAUUAUUGAAAUUUAAAGAUGGUUCUGAUAUUACUAAAGCAUUAGGUUUAGUAUGGGAUCCAAACCACGACAAUUUUUUAUUUUCAUUUACUCCAGUGGUAGGUAGCCAGCAAAUCAACAAACGUACUGUUCUCUCAACUAUAGCCCGUUUUUAUGAUCCAAUCGGAUUAAUUGGACCUAUCAUCACCAAGGCUAAAAUUUUCAUGCAAACCUUAUGGAAACACAAAUUGCAUUGGGAUGAGAGUCUACCACAAGCAUUAUACUCAGCAUGGAUUGAACUUCGCUCUCAACUUACAAUUAUCAGCAGUUUUAAAUUCCCUCGUUAUGUUUUAAUGCCUAAUUCUAAAGUGCAGAUACAUGGUUUCUGUGAUGCCAGUCUGAGUGCUUAUGGUGCAUGUAUAUAUAUCAGGUGUGAGCGCUCGGGUGCAUUUGAUUCGCAUCUACUAUGCUCCAAAUCAAAGGUUGCACCACUAAAGACACUUACAGUUCCCAAGCUAGAACUUUCAGCUGCUCUACUUUUAUCGGAACUCAUUGAUAUGGUCGUCAAAACUAUAAAUUUUACAUGCGAUUUUCAUUGCUGGUCAGACUCAAUGGUGGUAUUAUCUUGGAUACGUGAACAACCGUCCAAUUUUAACGUUUUUGUCUCUAAUAGAAUUAGCAAAAUUCAAACUCUUACCUGUGGCAUGAAUUGGCAUCAUGUACCAACUUCUAUGAAUCCUGCAGAUAUCUUAUCAAGAGGAGCAGCGCCAGAUGAACUUUUAGCCUCAACACUUUGGACACAAGGACCUGAGUUUUUAAGAACAUCGCAUUUACAUUGGCCCCAAAAUACUGUUUUCGUAGCAGAAUUACCUGAACGACGCAGGAGAGUUUUAAUAACUACAUGUCAGCAAGAUUUAACGCUAUCCUGUAAAUUCGCUAACUCAUUUAAUAAAAUGCAGAUAGUUUUCGCAUAUAUUUAUCGAUUCGUGUCACUCAAACAUAAAGAGACCAUAAGGAAAACUGGCCAACUUGAUCCUCAGGAUAUUGAAAGGGGUACAAAAUUAAUGAUUUUAAACAUACAACAAACUCAUUUCGCUGCUGAAUACAAAAUAUUAAAAAAAGGAGAAAAUGUUAAUAGUUCAAGUAAACUUUACUCCCUCAAUCCUUUUAUUGAUUCAUUUGGAGUAAUUCGUGUAGGUGGUCGACUAAAACAUUCAUUACUAAGUUUCGAGGCUCGCCAUCCAAUGAUACUUCCAAAAGCUCAUGUUAUCACAAACGCAAUGAUAACCUAUUUUCAUCAGAAGAAUUUGCACGCCGGGCCACAAAGUCUGCUCGCCACAAUUCGUUUGCAAUAUUGGCCAAUUGGUGGUCGAAAAACUAUAACACGCGUUAUCAACAAAUGUGUUCGUUGUUUUCGACUUAAGCAAAAACAUGUCGAAUAUAUAAUGGGAGAUCUACCGCGCGACAGAGUGCAACCAAAUAGAGUAUUCCACACUACUGGUAUCGACUUCUGCGGUCCCUUCUAUUAUAAAUCUGAAGUGCGAACCAGACCUCCAGUAAAAUGCUACAUCUGUUUAUUCGUUUGUUUUUCGACGAAGGCUGUACAUUUAGAAGUG